AUGGCCUUUGCAGCUUCCCUGGCCAAGCUCCAAGCAGAGGCCAGCUGUCCCAUCUGCCUGGAUUACCUGAGAGACCCAGUGACCAUUGCCUGUGGGCACAACUUUUGUCACUCCUGCAUCCACCAGCGCUGGGAAGGUCUACAGGGCACCUUUCCCUGUCCUGUCUGCCUCCACCACUGUCCUGAUAGGAGCUUGGAGAGGAACACCCAUUUAUGUCACAUGACUGAGAUUGUUAAGCAGAUCCCUACCUCAGGGAGCCAGAGGAAAUUGCAGGAAGAAAUACCCCUGUGUGGGAAGCACCAUGAGGUUCUCACCCUGUUCUGUGAGAAAAGCCUGGAGCUGUUGUGUCCCCAGUGCAAGGGCUCCUUAGACCCCCCGGAUCAGCCCCUGAUCCCCACUGAGGAAGCAGCAGCUAGUCAGAGAGGGAUGCUCAAAAGGCACAUUGGGGUCCUCACUAACAGCCUUGAAAGUGAUGAAACUGUAUAUAAAAAACAAGUUGCAAAUACUUGGGAAGUAAAGAGAAAGAUGGAAAAAUGGAGGGAGGAAUUGGACUAUGAAUGUAAAGAACUUAAGUUUUUAUUGGAAAGAGAGCGAGAUGAAAUUGAUAACGAUCUGCCUAUAGAAGAGAAUAAUGUUGAAGAAAAACUAAUUGAAAAUGGAAAGCAAAUUUCAUACCAUAUGUUCAGGCUAAACAAUCUGUUAAAUGAAAUAGAAGAGAAGUGUUUGCAGACAGACCUGGAUUUACUCACAGGCAUUGAAAGGAUCCACAACAGCUAUGGAAACAUAGAGACCCCAGCAGUGUUUUCAUGUGAAUUAAAGAGGAGUUGCUGUCUCCCCCCACAUUACUUGGGCCUGCAUAAAAUGAUCCACACGUUUCAGGCAGAUUUGACACUGGAUCCUGAAACUGCCCAUUCAAGUCUCAUUAUCUCAAGAGAUAGAAAAAGUGGGACCUAUAGGAGACCAGAUGGCCUUCCUAAUCCCCAGGCACGCACUUCUUACCCAGCUGUCCUGAGUUCUGAGGGAUUUGAUGCUGGCAGGCAUUUUUGGCAGGUAGAAAUAGGAGGUGCAGGGCAACAUAAGAUUGGCGUUUUUCUGGACUAUGAGUUGGGAGAGGUUUCAUUUUAUAAUUUGAAUAGCAGGUCAUUCUUGGAUGGAUUCCGUGAUACCUUUACAGAAAAACUUAUGCCUUAUUUCUCCAUUGGACCUUCUUCAGAAUCCCUUACAAUCAGAGUGAAGUGA